AUGGAUUCAUUAACUCGAACACUCCCAGCUUCGUGGUUCUGUAGCGAACCUUUGUAUCAACUUGAACGCAAGGGAGUAUUUCAAAAGUCGUGGCAUCUCUUGGGACCAGUCACCCGGUUUCAAGACAGGUCCAAGAAAGUCAAAUAUGAAAUUGCACAAACCACUUUGAUCGUAGAAAAUCGAAGUCCCGAAUCUGACGGAAUUGGGAAAGAUGGCAUUGUGGUCUAUGCAGAAGAUCAAAGCAUCGAAAUCAAAUCCCACUUCACCCCCAGCGGUCUUCUCUUCGCAACUCUCUCCACCAAAGCACCCGAUUUCGACGACUACUUCACCGGUCUCGAAGACCUAAUCAACAAAGUAGACUUCUCCAAGCUUCCCCAUCGUCGAAGCAUAUCCUACGAAGGAAAAUUCAACUGGAAAACAAUGAUCGACGGUUUCCAAGAAUGUCUGCAUUGCCAAUACACCCAUCCAACCUUCACAGCGCAGUACCCGCCAACAACCUACCUCGUAACCAACCACGUGAAUUUCUCCCGCCAUCUCAGCGAUCCCUCCAAAACCACUACCUCAGACGGUUUAUUCCUCUAUUUCUUCCCAAUCUGCACGCUUAACGUGUAUGGAGGUGGUAUGUCAUCCUUUCGCACGUGUCCAAGUACGAAACCGGGCGUUGCGAGGAUGGAAUUCGAUUACUACCAUGCUGGCACGGACGAGGAAUUCGAGAAGUAUUACAAGUUUGUGAGACAAGUCGCGCUUGAGGAUUUUGAGCUUUGUGAGAGGGCCCAGAUGAAUUUGGAGAGUGGCGUUUAUGGGGAGGGGAUUUUGAAUCCGAUCAAAGAGAAUGGAGUUGCGUUCUAUCAGGGGAGGGUUAAGGAGAUGGUUUAUCGGCAGCAUGAGGAGGAUCAGAAGGAGAGGGCUGAGAUGGAGAGGAUGGAGGAUAAGUGCUCGGGACAGGAAGUCAAUUCAGUUGAGGUACCAGUCAAGUGA